UUUACACAAGAUGGUCACACUGCAGAAUUUCAUUCAGAAACAUAAUCAACCAACAAAUCAACAACAGACUUCGACCAGCAAGCCGACGCGCUUGAAUAAAAUCAAUCAUACGCCACAUGCGCAAUGACGGGCGUGGUGAGAAAAUGCCAGGAGACAGGCCAACGGAAGCAGAGGUCCUUCUUCGCAAUUUUUCGUAAAUAAAUCCAUAAAAAUAUACUGAAGAUAUAGUUUCAAGCAAAUGAACAAAGUGAAAAGUGAAUGCUACAAUAGCACAUCUCCAUAGUACUUUGUUAUAAACGAUGCCUUCGAGUGGCUGUUAGCAAGAGCCGCCACUUGUCUCUGUUGUUUAUCGAUUUGUGUAUAACUCUUGCCACUGAAUCCGCACCCUGUAUGCGAGAACAUUGGCCAAAACAACAGCACACCCACAUCCACCUGGUGGUGGCUUGGUAUCUUGACCAGCACUCGAGACUAGCAGCGACCGGAAAUCGCUAGGAAACCAGCAGCAAUAGGCCAUGGAUGUGGGUGGGCCGGAAACCACCUACGAGCCAUUAGACGGACGUGGUUCCGGACGCGCGAGGAGCAGUAAUGCCACGUCUGGCUCAGGACUGCGGCAUCCGGGAAGCAUGGAUAGUCCUGAAUUCGAUACACGGGCACCCAAGGACCAGAGGCAUUCCGUCUACUUGGCCCUCUUGGCAGCUGGCAUUGGAUUUGUCUUGCCCUACAAUAGCUUCAUUAUCGCGGCGGAUUACUGGCAAGCUCGAUUUCCUGGUCGACCCGUAGCCUUAGACAUGUCGAUGACGUACAUCUUUGUGGCUUUCGCCACUGUUCUGCUCAAUAAUAUAGUUUUGUCGGUGGCCCCGUUUCAGUCCCGGGUGCUCUUUGGCUACAUGGUGUCCUUCACCACGCUGAUCUUCGUGGCUGUGUGCGAGGUGGCCUGGCACAUGUUCGCCACAAACACGGCCUAUGUGGUGAACAUGUCGGCGGUGGCCCUGACAGCGAUCGGAUGCACCGUACAGCAGUCCAGCUUCUACGGAUUCGCCUCGAUGCUGCCCAAGCAGUACACGCAGGCGGUGAUGGCCGGCGAGAGCAUUGCCGGAUUCCUGGUGUCUUCCAAUCGAGUGGUUACCAAGCUACUAAUCAACAAUGAUCGCGUCUCCACCGUCAUCUUCUUCUUGACCUCUACGCUGUACAUCCUGUUUAGUUAUCUGCUCCACCUGGCCACCAUCAAUUCGCCGUUUGUACGCUACCAUGUGGAAGCCUGCUCCAAAAUUGUCCUGCGACCGGAUGAGCGAGAGGUGGAUGGAGUUCCGAGCAGCACUCGGUAUGGAGUUCUUUCGAUGGACGGCACCCACACUACAACUGCGUCAGUGGGUCACCAAGUAUCCAGCAACGCCCUCAGUUUCAGCAAUCCCGUCUAUGAGCUGUCCAAUCCUUCGGCCGGCGAAAGUAGCAUCGAGGCUCUGGGACAACUGCCCGAUCUGCCGGUCACGCCUCCCACCCAAGAGCCCACGACCCCCACGACGGUGGCUUUCAAGGUGGAGCAUGUAAUCACCCCACGUCGCUGCCGGCCCAGUAAACUAGGUGACAUCCGGGAGGGAUUCGUGACCAGGUGGCGGGUGGCCCAAGUCAUCUAUCCACAUAUGGUGUGCAUCGCUUUAGCCUAUUGUGUGACCCUCUCUCUGUAUCCUGGCAUCGAGGUGGAGGUGCAGUCCUGUGCCCUACGCUCCUGGAUGCCCGUCCUCCUCAUGUUCUGUUUCAAUACGUCAGAUGUGGUGGGUAAAAUCCUGGCAGCCAGUCCAUAUCCGUGGUCGCGUCGUCAGCUGAUCCUGUUGUCCGGAUUGAGGAUUGUCCUGGUGCCAUUGCUGUUGCUCUGCUGUGCGCCGCGUCAGCGCCCUGUAAUCUCUGGCGAACCGGCGCCUUUUGUCUUUACCAUUGCCCUGGGAAUAACAAAUGGACUGGCGGGCAGUUUACCAAUGAUGCUGGCCCCAGCCAAGGUGCCUGGGACACUGAAGGAGGUCACCGGAAAUAUUAUGACCCUAUCGUACAAUGUAGGUCUGACGGUGGGCUCUCUAAUUGGUUACGUUUUCGAGAGUAUGCUGGGCCCGCAGCUGGCGAAUCCCUGCCCCUCAUAUCCCUACGUUCCGGCUUCGAUUCUGGAGCAGUUCCAUGGCCAUGGCCACGGACAUGGACACUUGCCACACCCCUUGCCGCUAACGAGCACCAGUACAAUGAGUCCCCUGACCACAGGGGCCACUACCACGCUGGCCCCACUCCUGCUCAAUACUACGUUGUCGAACCUGGUCCAGUCCAGCACAAGUUCCGCCACCACCAGCUCGGCGAGUCCGGCCCUGGCCACGGUUAUCACCACCACGGCCCUGGCCCUAAUCAGUACGGUGGCCAGUAGCAGUGGUGAGGUGAUCAAUGCCACAGUUACCUCGAUCCUGUCCACGGUAACAAGUUCGGUGGGUGGUGACAUCAGUGAUGAGUUGACCACUGAUCCUCAGACUCCGGAAGCACUGCUCGAGAGCAUCUAAAGUCCUAUUUAAAGGCGUUGAAUUAAGCGAUGGAAUGUCUAAAAUAUAUUCUGCAUUACCAUAUCCUCAAAGAAAAACCCAUUUUAAAGAUUAGCUCUGAGAGAUUCAUGAUUUGAAUUUUAAAACACUUUGUAAUAUUGAAAUAAGCUUAUAAGGCCACAAAGUCGAUCCUUCUUUAUACAAAAGUAUUUCUCUUUUCACCUUUCCAAUACCAUUUCCACUCCAAUGCAAAUUCGGCUUCAAAUUGAAAAUAUAUUUUCUUAGAAUGUUGCUAAAGGUUAAAAAAAGUACAUCAAGAGCAAAUAUAGUAAUAAUAUCGUAAAGCUCAAGAGAAAAACCAAAAACAAAAAUCGAUUAAAUGAUUCAAUGGAAUAUCAAGCGCAAAGUUCUAAAUAUAGGCAAUACUACUCCUAUGUGUACUAUAACUAUAUCUAUAUUCUCAAAACUGUCUAGGGUUGUUUGCGUUCAUCAUUUAAUUUUAGUCACUGAAAUCUAGGACUUAUAUACUAUAUAUAUUCUGAUAUACAUAUACUCCAACCAAGUGCUAUGGUUUUCAAAUUACAAAUCUGUUGAAUUAGCAUUAUAAGUGCUUGAGUGUGAAUGAGUGCGUUAGAUAAGUGAAAUAUUGCUGUUGAUUGGGGAAGGGCCUGGUUAUUUUUGUAAGAUUGAAAACUGGUUUAUUGACGACCCAGGCAGUUGAAUGUUAUAUUUUAUUCAAAAGCGAAUGAAUAGUAUGUGUAGUAGGCGUAUAUAUAUUUUUCGGUUGUUUUAUUGGUUGUUAUAUGUUUACAAUUUAACUGAAUAUUUGUUGAAAGCAUAAAAACCAAAAAAUUGCCUUGAUCUUAUUUCAGAACUUUUCUGUUUGUCUCCCAAAAACCUAAUUUGUAAGCUAUAAAAUAUUUGUACGGUUAAGUGAAAUUAUUAUGUCAACAGAAACCUGCAAAAUAUGGAAAUAAAUGUUAAUAUAGAAGCA